GCUAGUUGCGGCAGAUUAACCAGGACCCCAGGAAGUGAAGGGCAGAAGGUACUAGAAGAGAUCUGCUGUUGGACGUUGAAUAGAAGUAAUCCCAGCGUUAACAUCAAAUUCGCAAAAAUGAUGCUGAAGCUGGCCAUCCUGGCCGUAAUCGUGGCUCUGAGCCAGGCCGGUUCUCCAAAUGUACAGGUGUAUACCUACAAAAUGAUGAAGGAGGGCGAACCCAACGUGUUGCUCUGUCAUGUCAAAAAUUUCAGCCCCCCCAACAUCAAGCUGGAGCUGCUGGAGAAUGGAAUUAUCAUUCCCAAUACCACCCAGUCUGACCUGUCCUUUGAGUCCGACUGGAGUUUCAAACUAACUCGUCAUGUGGAGUUCACCCCACACAGUGGAGUCAAGUAUGCCUGCAGGGUGACCCACAAUGACGAAUCAAAAGUGGUGCAGCUUGAUGCCUACUAGCAUGUCACCACAGAGGUAAGCAGUGACUCUCAGAUGAACAGCAAAGAUUACUGAGCGGACAUUUCCAGCACAGAUUGCAAAUCGACCCCCUGUGUUUUUCUCUUCUUUUUGCAGUCGAUCGACAACAUAGUGAAGCUACUGAAUCAAUCAACCACUUCUGAGGAUCACAUCAAUUUCUUUCAAACUAUCUUCAAAUGUAAAAUGUUCAACAAAUUAGUACAAUUUUAUAAGAUAUCUUAAAUUUAUUUACCUGAUGGGGAAUAAGUUUGCUUUUGGCUCUUCAAUCUAUGUAAUUUACUCCUCAGAUCUUUGCACAUGUCUGAGAGGACUUUAGCUUUUACCUGUAUUCACUGGUGAAGUGUGAAUUUCUGACUUGGUUGUUCCAAAAUUGCUAUUCCAACUCCUCCACAAGAUUCGGAAUAUUAAAAAUUGGGAGUAAAAAAAAAGUAAAAGGCCAGUUAAGAUUGAAUCUGUAAAUGUGAUGUCACUGAAAGACUCAGUAGUAUGAUUUUAUUAAGAUAUCUAAAAUUUAUUUACCUGUUGGGGAAUAAGUGUCCUUCAGGCUCUUCAAUCUAUGUAAUUUAUUCCUCAGACAUUUUGUAUAUGUCUAAGAUGACUUUACCUUUUACAUGCAUUGGCCAAUGAAGUGUGAAAUUGUGACUGGGUGGUUCCAAAAUUGCCAUUCCAACUCUUCCACCAUGUUCGGAAUAUGGAAAAUUGGGGGUUUAAAAAAAUGAUGAGUGCAAACGUAACAUCACUGUGAGACUCUCAGUGAGGUUUAUAGUUAGAAAAUUCAAUAAAUGAGUGAAAGACUUGUCAACGAUAGAAACAGUAAAACUUGAAGAUUUGAAAAAAAAACUGAAGAAUUGCCAUUGUUGUUUGCUUUAGACUUGGGGCUUCUGCUCUUUUGAACUGAAGAGCAGACAUGCAUCUUAUGGCCUACUGUGUUAAAUAUGUUUCACAUAUGGUAAGAGACACAGUCAAUUGUGGUCCUUACAGUCAGGGAUUGGAAGUCAGAACCAAACCUCUUUCCCAACUAGCUUUCCAUUCCAUCUUCCUGAUUUAUCCUGGAAAAUCCUGCAGUGUGUAAUCUUGACCUCGAGGUGCUGGAACCUUGCAAUUUUAACAUUUGGACUCAGCGUAAUACAAAGAUUAGCACCACCUCAUAGAUUAAUUUUUUUUAGAGAGUCUGUUCUUCACAUCAUUAUUAAGCAUCUCUGCAAGUGGGAAUUGUGGGAUUUGAUAAGGAAAGUGCUGUCAGCAAUAAUUACAUUCUAUGUAAUUCUCAUUCAAUGUGAUUACAUGCAAUGUUUUCUGCUAUGCUCGAUAUACUUAACGGAAUGAAUAAAAUUUACUUCCUUA